AUGUGGACCGAGUUGCUAAGCCUCCUAUCGCACCCCCUUGCCGUACCCCUCCCCACACUAAGCUCCGUUCUCUUUAUUCCUCUUUUAAAUCAAGCCACGAAUGGGAGCACCGCGACACCCACACCCACAUCCGCAUCGGGGCUCACGGAGUCGGAGCGGUUGGCGGCCAUCAUUGUCCCCUCCCUAGUCGGGGGUCUCCUGCUUAUUGGACUUGUGAUCUUCGGGGCGCUCAAGGUGCGGGAGAGGCGGCAGACGGAGGGCACCUACCGGCCCAGCAACGAGGAGCAGGUGGGUGCUCGGGUGGUGACGAACGCUAACCUCCAACUGCCCCCCGAGGAGCGGCUGAUCUGACCCGGGGGGAGGGGGGGGUCACACACACCCCCUCCCCGGACUGGCAGACUCUGUACCGGCUGGACCCUGCGGUUCCAGAGCCAGCUGC